GAGGGCCGGGGCCGGGGCCGGGCCGGGGGCUGCCGCCCGAGCCCUUCCCGCAGCCUCCGGGGGCAGCCGUGGCGCUGGGCUGGGCUGCGGGGUGGCAACAGGGCGCCCCGGGGGCUCCUCCUCGCGGCCGCACAGCGGAGCCUCACCAGCUGCUCUUCUCCCUUUCUUUCCGCAAACUGAGACCCGCUGCACCCCUGUGGCUGCCAGCCCUCCAAAACGCAAGCUCGGGUCUGGAGCAAAAUGCAGCUCGGCCUCACUUGAGCAGCUUGCCGGGAGCGGAGUAGGAAGCCAGGUCCUGCACGGGCUGCAGGCUUCUCCACCUCUGCCCCCGGCACUGCUGGGCCCGGCUGCUGUGUUGGCCGUGGGGAAAGGUUUUAGUUACCCCUUCACAGCAGUGCUGCUUGGUCCCAGUUGUGUCUGUUUCCAUUUGGGGCACCCAUUACAGCUGCAUUGUUUUGCGGCAUCCUGUAGUGUUGUGCUGUGGCCUUUCAACAGGUUCCUCUGCGACCCUGUGCAAAGUUCUGUAUGGGAUCCCCCUUCUCUUGCCUAGAUAACUAGCCACUGAAACUGAUGGCAUGUUGCUUGUUUUAAUCUCCGUUAAUGCAGCUGGGACCCUUGGCUGUGUCCCGGGUUUGUGCCUGGUGACCCAGAUCAGGAUGCUGCCUGACUUGCCAAUAGCUGGAUGAAAGCCCAGGUUUAGGGAAACAAGUGUACAACUCUGCAAUCUAGGAUUGUUCCAAAAAUAUCUGGGAGAGUCUUACUAUUAAAUAUCAAGGCCAGUGAAAUGGCAAAAGAACAAGUGAGACUUAAUCAGUGGGACUUUUUUUUGGUGAUCAGACAACAAAUUCCCUCAUUGAUUUCAAAUCUUCCAGUAAUUCCAUGCACAAAUCAGUCUCUUUUUUUUUUUCUUUAAGGAAAAGGAAGAGUCUUUCUUCCUUCUAUAAUGCUCAUUCAGAAGUAUAAACCUUUCCUUUAACUAUUUCUGCCAUGUUCUUUGUCAAAGAGAUUUUUCUGCAAGGCCCCAGAAUAGCUUUGUCCAAAGGCUUUCUGAAAUGACCACUUCACAUUUGAGUAGCUGCCUUUCUGCAAUUGUAACUGCUUCUGCCUCUACUAAAAUAUGACAUGCCCAGCAAUAAUUUGGGAGCACUAACAUGCUAUUUUCACUAAGUUUUGACCAGCAUAACAAAGAUCCAAGUAGUUUUGCUACACUCUCCAUGUCUAGCACUAUUGUCUGUACGUAGCAAUGUACACAACAGGAGGUAACCAGGUCAAAAACUCGGUCUCAGAUUCAAAGGUUGAAGUUUUGAUCUGCAGCAACCUGGCCCUCAGCUGAUGGGGAAAUAUUGAUUCUUCGGGCUUUGUUGCACUUUAAUUUUAAGCAUAGGGGAUGCGUAGAGAGGGCACAGGGGAGCACACGCCCCCCUGAGAGCACUGGUGCUUGCCCUGACUGGGAGCACUCUAGCUGGUAGGGGGGCCCAGAGAGCACUAGUGCCCCCCCCCGAAAUUGUCUCUGCUGCUGCCGGCUGGCUGCUGGGGGACCCCCCGCUGGUGCCCUGCCCCAGACUCAGGAGGCACCAGUCCCCCAUGAUUUUAAGCAGCAUCUAGAGCUCUUAACCCCUGGAUUGUCCACACAUCAACACCUGAAACUAGGUUUAAGUAUCUGUUUGAAAAAUCGUCUGGAAAAUGAACCUUUUCCUGGAAACGCUCAAAGUCCUGGUGCUCUCCACAUACUACCUGCUGGAGUCUCUUGUUCGGUGUGUUAUUCCCAGGCGAAAGAAGAAUGUUACUGGUGAAAUAGUGCUGAUCACAGGAUCGGGGAGUGGAAUCGGAAGACUGAUGGCCUUAAAGUUUGCCCGUCUUGGAGCUGUCCUUGUUCUUUGGGACAUCGAUCCAGAAGGUAACAAGGAGACUGGUAGACUAGCCAAGGAAGCUGGAGCAGUGAGAGUACACACCUAUACCUGUGACUGCAGCAAAAGGGAAGAGGUCUACAAAGUUGCAGAUCAGGUGAAAAAAGAAGUUGGAGAUGUUAACAUCCUAAUCAAUAAUGCUGGUAUUGUAAGUGGAAAGAAAUUUAUUGAAUCUCUAGAUUCCCGUAUGCAGAAAACCAUGGAAGUGAACGCAAUGGCACAUUUCUGGACAUACAAAGCCUUCCUUCCAGCUAUGGUUGCCUCUAACUGUGGACAUUUGGUUAGUAUUGCAAGCGCAGCAGGACUCUUUGGCACCAAUGAGCUUGCAGAUUAUUGUGCAAGUAAGUUUGCAGCAGUGGGCUUUGCAGAAACCAUUGAUGUAGAGAUGCAUGCUCUGAAGAAAACUGGUAUUAAAACAACCAUUGUGUGUCCAUACUUCAUCAAUACAGGCAUGUUUGAUGGCGUUACAACCAGGUUUCCCCGUCUACUUCCUAUCCUGGAUCCAGAGUAUGCAGCUGAGACAAUUGUCAAUGCUAUUCUACGGGAACAAGUGUAUUUGAUAAUCCCAGCACUAGUGUGCAUUUUAUUUGCCGUGAAAAAUUUACUGCCUACGAAAGUAAUUCAUCUCUGGGAAGAUUACACUGGAGUUUCUCAUUCCAUGGACCACUUCCGUGGUUGGGUGAAAAAGGACUGAGAACAGAAUGACAAUGUCAGACACCAGCAGCUCUCAGCUAACAUGGACCAGUUUAGAGAGACAAAAGGUCAGCUGCUUCAGCAGCCAAGAGCUUAAGGUGCCUCACACUUCAUGUUUGUAUCAAUUCUAAUAAACAGCUUGCAUCCUGUGCUGGCUUGUCCUCCAGGGAGAAGAACAGUGCAGUGUUUGUAGAAAGUUUAUUUAACCCAAUCGGGAGUUCUGUCAGUAGUCUGUCUUAAUUUAUGUACAUGACAAA